GUGUCUGCUGGAACGCAUCAUCAUACAGCAACACAGAAGAAGACGAGGAAGCGCUUUUAUUUACUUCUGUUGUCAUGUAAGAACUUCGGGGGUUUAUUUUAUCUCAAGAAUUAAAUAUUAGACUUCAAUCGCGACAGAAUCUGUUGUAAGGCUGAGCGAGAGGUUUGUGUUCCUCCGUUACCGAGGGCAGUGGAUAGCGGAUCAUAAUUCAUGGCAGAGGGCAGCAGCAAUCUGAGCAGUGCUCCUCCAGGAGACCCGCAGCUCAUCGCGCUCAUAGUGCAGCAUCUGAAGAAUAGAGGCCUGUUUGAUGAGUUCAGGCGAGACUGUCUGGCAGACGUGGACACGAAGCCUGCAUUUCAAAAUCUGCGACAGAAGGUGGACAACUUUGUGUCCAAUCAUCUCAGUACUCAAGAAUGGAGUCCGUCCAUCAACAAGAACCAAGUGAGGAAUGGCUUGAGACAAAGCGUAGUUCAGUCAGGGAUGUUGGAAUCAGGGGUGGACCGUAUUAUUACUCAGGUGGUGGACCCUAAAUUAAACCAUAUCUUCAGGCCACACAUCGAGGACGCCAUUCAUGAUUUCCUAGCCGCAGAGAAGAAAGAAGAGUGUGCAUCAAAUUCAGCCCCUGAUGCUGAACAACAGGAAACAACUAGCAACACUGCAGCCAAAACGCAAACAGCGUUAUCAUCAUCGUCGCGAGACAUGCGUGUGCAACUGACUAUAGGAGUGUUUAUAUUGUUUUUGACGGUGCGGCAAACACACGCGACUGAUUCCAGCAGCGCUCAUGACACAUCACAAGAGAAAUCACUGAACAUCCAGAAGAGAAGACUCUCUCUGCAGAACACAGCGGAGAUUCAGCAAUGUCUGGUGAACGCAGGUGAUGUGGGCUGUGGGAUGUUCGAGUGCUUCAACAACAACUCCUGCGAAAUCCGUGGACUACACGACAUCUGCAUGACGUUCCUCCACAAUGCUGGCAAAUUUGACUCCCAGGGAAAAUCGUUCAUCAAAGAUGCGCUGAAAUGCAUGGCCCAUGGACUUCGUCACAAGUUCAGCUGCGUCAGCCGCAAGUGUCUGGCCGUGAAAGAGAUGGUGUUCCAGCUGCAGCGUGAGUGCUAUGUCAAACAUAACCUCUGCUCUGCCGUGAGGGAGAACGUCAAUGUCAUGGUGGAGAUGAUCCACUUCAAGGACCUGUUUCCUAAAGGGCCACAUGUGGAGUUAGUAAACAUCCUGCUGGGAUGCGGCGAGGAGGUGCGUGUCGCCAUCGCCCGCCGAAUACGAACUCAGUGCGAGCAGAACUGGGGAGCUCUGUGCAGGAGUCUGAGUCUCUGUGCCCUCGGAAAGGUGGAGAACCAGGCCAGUUCCACCCUCGCCCCUGUCCCAGACAUCACCACCCCACCGGGAGCCAGCGGCAACUCCCUCCCUCCCGCGAGCCUGCGUCUCCCAGAGGCUGAAGGUGAAACGGUCUGGACACUCACAGAAGAUGAAAAUCAGUCCUCAGGUCCUCAAGACAACACCUCUGAUGCCGAAAAAGAGCUAAAGAGGUCUCUGAAUGCCACCAAAAGGAGGUGAAGGGAAGUGGGUUCUCAGUGCCUUUAGCCCACACGUCCAAAAAGGCAUGUUCACUGCUCUCCUUCCCUGCCUCGCUCAAGAACAAAUAAGCUGCAGUCUCCAGAGCUUCUAUAAGAGCACCAGUGAUGACAGGGUAUUUCAAUGUGACGUUACAUUUAGAGCUGCCAUCGGUCAUUGUGUUUGUUUUGUAGGUCAUUCUGUGAGAACACGGACUGGUACAAUAUUUGAUAGGAGUCUCAACAGUUUCACAAUAUUUCAGUGGCGUUUCACCCUUUGUAGAUGUAUUUGUAGAUUGUGGACUAAGUGCAUUCCUCAGACUGCAGACUCUUCAGAAUGCUUAGAAGGAGUCUGUCAGGCUGCAAUUCUGAAUAGCAUUACUACAAAAACUGGGCCUUGUGUUUUGUGAUGACAUUCAUUCCAUCUGCUCAGUAUUCGUCUGCUUUGAAGCAAGGCCAUUUGGGUGAACAUCACGGCAACAUGUCCGGGUCACAUUUCACCCCCCAAAAAAGAAAGGAAAUGUAUAUUAAUAAAAAAAUUAAAAUAAAACAACAAAAAAAUAUUUAAACAUUGGAUUACACUACUGUUCAAAAGUAUGAGGUCAGUCUUUUUUUUUUUUUUUUUUUUAAGAAAUUAAUAUUUUUAUUCUGUCAGGUACUGAUAGUAAAAAAAAAAAAAAAAAAAAAAAAUUUUGUUACAAAAAGUCUAUUAUUUCAAAUGAAUGCUGCUCUUUUGAACUUUCUAAUAAUCAAAGAAUACUAAAAAAUGUAUCAUGGUUUCCACAACAACAACAACAACAAAGCACAAUAAGAAUGAUUAUCAUCAUUGUCAGUGUUGAAAACAGUGCACUGCUUAAUAUUUAAUUUUCCAGGACUCUUUGAUGAAUAGAAAGUUCAAAAUAACAGCAUUUAGUUGAAAUAGAAUUAGAAUUUUUGCAACAUUUUAAAUGUAUUUACUGUCACUGUUGAUCUCUUUAGUUUGUUCUUGCUGAGUGCAUGGAUUGAUUUCUUUUGAAUUGUAAACAUUUGAAUGGUAGUGUGUCAGCAUUGAUAAGAAGAAAUAUUUCUUGAGCAGCAAAUCAGCAUAUUAGAACAUUUCUGAAGGAUCUUGUGACACUGAAGACUUGAGUAAUUCAGCUUUGCCAUCACAGAAAUAAAAUAUAUUCUAAAAUAUAUUAAAAUGGUAAAUAACUCAUUUAAAUUGGAAUAAUAUUUCACCAUAUUAUUAUUAUUUUUACUCUAUUUUUGAAUAUUCAGGACCUUUAAAUGUUUUGAAUUGUGGCAUUAUUUCAAGUGAAUUUAGCCUUAAUGUACUUGACUUUUUAAAAAUGAUUUUUAAUGGUAAAUCUGUUUGCUGCAUUUCAGUAAAUACAUACUGAAUUCACCUUUAACAUUAAGUCAGUACAUCAAAUACCAUGCUUUAAUCUGUUUGUUUUGAUUUGGGGUGAAAUAUGGAUCUGAACGUGUUACUGCCAGGUUUGGUGAGAUCCACCUCUUUGGACUGUUUUUGAGCACAGGUAAAGCCUCAGCAGCAGAUAUAAGCUCUUAUAUGUCACGUGCUUCAUGCAGUACACUCAGGUGUGUCCACUGCAGUGUUGCAAUGUGACAUAUCUAAUAUGUAAUAUCAGAUUUCAUAUUUUUCUUGCUUAGAAUUUAGAAUAGACAUUUUCAUACGUGAUAAAAACCUAUGCCUUCCUUGAUAGAUUGCAGUUACAUACACAAACAUUUUAAAAUAGGACAGAAUAUGCAGAUCAUUGAUUUUGGACCUACCUCAUCUCUGUAACACACACCUGUACUGAAAUACUGUAUAAUAUAUUGCAUAAAACAUGUUAAAAUGUGUCCCAUAUUUUCACAAGGCAAACUGGUCAAUGCCUAGACUCACUCCCCUCUGUUUCAGUGUGUUUCUUGUAGAUAUUUUACUUUAUUACUUUUUUUUUUAUUUAAAUUAAUUUCUUCAAAUUUAUGCAUGAAGUGUAUCUUGUGGCUUUUCAGGUCAGGUUCAUUUCAGCCACUAUAGAGUGCUGGUAAGUCAUUUUAUAUACAUGUUUGUACUAUUUAUUUUAUUUUUUUAUUUUAGUUAUUUUAUCAACCAUUUACAUUUUUUAUUUUGGAUCUGUAUCAAAGUUAUCAAAUGUAUUCAUCGAGAAAAAAAAAAAAAGUUUUUUCCACAAUAAAUUAACCUUGUAUCCAAUUUUUGGCCUUUUGUGGAUUCAAAAUAUGCACAAAUCAUCACAGCUUCUGAAAGGUUAUAAAGAAACUAUAAUGCAAUAAAACAAAAUGGCACACCUGGCACUUGGGUAACUUUUUACCCUCAGAAACCAAGUGCGGCAAGACCACAAUGUUUGUUUUAUGCAACACAAACACACACACACACAGGAUCAAUUCACAUACUGCUGUAUCAUAGCAAAACUUAAGAGCAAAGAGCUCUACUGCAACAGAAGAAAAGCUUGGUGUAAUUAAUAUACCACAAGAUACAAGGCCUAAACAGAUACAUGUGACUGCAUUUCUAAAUCCAAUUUGCAUUUACAUCAUUUUUUGAACUAGAACUGUACAAAUAAAAUGUUUUAAUGUUUCUUAAACAAGUCUCUUAUGCUCACAAUGGCUGCUUAUGUUAAAAAAAAUAAUAAUUAUUGCAAUUUAAAAUUAUUGUUUUCUAUUUUAAUAUAUUUUAAAAUGUAAUUUAUUCCUGUGAUGCAAAGCUGAAUUUUCAGCAUCAUUUCAGUCUCCAGUGUCACGUAAUCCUUCAAAAAUCAUUCUACUAUGUAUUUUUGAUCAAAUAAAUGCAGCCUUGGUGAGACUUCUUUCAAAAACAUUAAAAAUAAUAAUAAUAAUAAUUCUAAACUUUUAAACGGUAUUGUAUAUGAAUAAAGGACAAAACUGACCAGUUCUUCAUAAAGUCACCUACAUUUUAAGACACAACCAGACACAUACUACAGUAAAACAGAGAUACUACACCCCCUAGUGGUUCAUUCCACCGAAGAACAUGCGAGACCAUAACAGCUCCAAACGUCUUCCAUGUUGUGAAGAGAUUAAAAUCAUGCUCAUAUUUUUUUAUAUAGAAAAACAAUUCAUGUAGUCAAGUUAAAUCAAGUGUUUUCAACUCAGGAAAUCCCGGCUUCACUGGAAUGACUAGAAUAGCAAUCAAUUAGAGAGACUGCCGAUGCUGUAAACCAGGGGUCACCAUACUCGGUCCUGGAGGGCCGGUGUCCUGCAGAGUUUAGCUCCAACCCUAAUCAAACACACCAGAGCCAGCUAAUCAAGGUCUUGCUUGGUAUACUUGAAACUUCAAGGCAGGUUGUUGAGGCAAGUUGGAGCUAAACUCUGCAGGACACCAGCCCUCCACCUCUUAUGCUCACCAAUUAAGGUUGAACUUAUUUGAUCACAAAUACAGUAAACUGUAAUAUGUGACAAGUCAUUAUAAUUUAAAACAGUUUUAUUAUAAUACAUUUUAAAAUGUAAUUUAUUCCUGUGAUGCAAAGCUGAAUUUUCAGCAUCAUUCUUCAGUGUCACUGAUUUCUGAAGGAUCACAUCUAAUAUGAUGAUUUGCUGCUCAAGAAACAUUUCUGAUUAUUAUGAAUGUUGAAAACCGUUUUUGCUGCUUAAUAUUUUUGAUACUCUGUGAUACUCUACCAUUCAGUAUUUAUUUGUUUAUUUAUUGUAAUUCAGAAAGGAUGUAUAUAACCUAUUGUCACUUUUGAUUAAUUUAAUGCUGCAUCUUUGCUGAAUAAAAGUAUUGCUGUUAAAAA